CCGCGAAGAUAGAUGAGCCAAAACAAAACAAAAAAUUAUUGCGAAAAAAUCGCCGGACCCCCACUCCCUGUUCGUGGAGAGAGAAAGAAAAGGGUAAGAGAGAGAGGAGAGAGAAAGCGAAGGGGCGGGGCAGCCGUUCGUAAAAAUGGGCAAGCACACCAACCAAGUAGAGCCGCAGAAGAAGAGGAAGAAGAAGGGCCGCCCGUCCCUCCUCGACCUCCAAAGGCGUAGCCUCCGACUCCAACAACAGCAGCAAAACCCUAACCCUAGCGUUAGCCCCAAUCCCUACCUCCGAUUCCAAGCCGCCAUCGCCUCCUCCUCCUCCUCCGGACUCCGCCACACCCGCCGGAACCCCAAUCCCGGUACCGAUGGCGAUGCCGCCCCCGACGACGAUGACGAUGAGGAAGAUGAUUCUACCGGACGGAGGAGAGAGAAGAAGCUCCGCCUCGUGCUCCGCCUCCCCGGCCGCAGCGCCAAUUCCGCCUCCGGCUCCGAAUCCGACGGUGGCGCGAGGAAGCGCAAGAUCGAUGCCGUCGCUGCAGAUGAGGACAAGACAGAAAGGCAAAGGCAGAAUUCUGCCUCGAAAGCGACGGAUCCUUCUCAAGAGCCGUCAGAUUCCGGGCCCACGACGCCUUUGCCGGACAAAAAGUUGUUGGUUUUCAUCCUAGAUAGGCUGCAGAAGAAGGAUACCUAUGGUGUGUUCUCGGAGCCCGUGGAUCCGGACGAGCUUCCAGAUUACCAUGAUAUCAUCGAGCAUCCUAUGGAUUUUGGAACCAUCCGAAAGAAGCUUUCAGAUGGAGCAUAUGUGAAUUUGGAGCAAUUUGAGAAAGAUGUUUUCUUAAUUAGCUCUAAUGCAAUGCGAUACAAUGCACCAGAUACAAUUUACUAUAGACAGGCACGAUCCAUCCAAGAGCUUGCAAAAAAGAACUUUGACAAUCUUAGACAAGAAAGUGAUGAUAAUGAGCCAGAACCAAAACCAAAGCCUGUGCGGAGAGGCAGGCCACCAAGCAAUAAGACUGUCAAACAAUCAGUCACCAGUCCUGCUGACCAUUUUGGUUCUGAUUUCUCUUCUGGUGCAACACUUGCUAAUGCUGGAGAUAAUAAUUACUUCUCAAAUUUGGCAAAUGAUUUGUUCAGAAGAGGUUUGGUGGUGGAUAAGUCCAGCAUGGCAGCUUUGCCUGGAAGUGCAUAUGGUCUUCACAAUGCUGAAACUCAUAGUUGGAUCAGUGGGCACAGAACAGAAAGAAAUGAAGAAUUCUCAGGUUCUGGGAUGAAGGGGCCUU